AUGGCCAACUACGAUCCAUAUUUUGUUCAAGGAAGAGAUGCGACUGGGAGAGUCGGCCUAUCCACUGAACAAAAGCUUACAUGCGCCAUGAGACAACUCGCAUAUGGGGUCACAGCCGACUUCUUUGAUGAUUACAUGGAUAUUGCAGAAUCUACUGCCAUCGAGAUUUUGGAACACUUCACCAGAGCAAUAUGGAAUGUGUACCAUGAGCAUUAUCUCCGCCGACCAACACCGGCUGAUCUGCGACGACUUCUCGACAAGGCAGCAGAAAGAGGAUUUCCAGGAAUGAUCGGGAGCCUCGAUUGUAUGCAUUGGCAGUGGAAAAAUUGUCCCACCGGAUGGGGAGGCCAGUAUACUGGCUACAAGGGGAAACCAACAAUCAUCUUAGAGGCAGUGGCAUCCUACGAUACUUGGAUUUGGCACACCUUCUUCGGCCUUCCAAGUUCCCUAAACGAUAUUAAUGUCCUUGGACAGUCACCUUUGUUUAAUGAUUUGGCUAGUUGUGAAACUCCUCAGGUGAGCUAUGAAGUACAAAAUAGGCAUUAUGGGCAAUGUUAUUAUCUUGUUGAUGGCAUUUACCCAAAAUGGGCCUCAUUUGUUCAAGCAAUCAAAAACCCGAGGACGUCGCAGACAAAAUAUUUCACAAGGAUGCAAGAAGCAUACAGAAAAGAUGUGGAGAGAGCUUUUGGUAUUCUUCAAGCUCGUUGGGCAAUCAUAAGAGGGCCAACUCGUGGAUGGAGUAAGGAGAAUCUUCAGUUCAUCAUGAUGACGUGCAUUAUCUUGCAUGAUAUGAUUGUUGAAGAUGAGCAUGAUGAAGAUGCAGCUGAGCCAUUUGAUCCAAAUGACAUUCCCACCAUACUAAAACAGGCACACAUAUAUGACAGAAUCCCUGAUCAAGACACCUCUGUUGAUCGCAAUCCAAACUGGCUAAAUCAAUUCAUGCGUCGCUAUAGGGAGGUACGAUGUCCAGUGAUGAAUAAAAACCUCCAGGAUGAUCUAGUUGAUCACCUGUGGAGCAUGAAGCUGCAAGCUGAUGAGAAUGACCAGUGA